ACAUCUAGUAUCAAGGAGGAACUACCCCACUAUGGCCUCUACCUCUCUCUUCUCGAUCGAGGGCAAGGGGAAGAGAUUUGACUCUGCUGACGACUUAGAACCAUUUAUUAAACCUCUCGUGGAAACCGACGAUGUUAUUACAGAAAUCCGUUUGGGUGGAAAUACAUUUGGUGUCCCUGCAAGCGAGCGUUUAGCCAGCGUCCUCCGAACCCAGAAGAAGCUACAUACAGCUAACCUGGCCGAUAUCUUCACCUCUCGACUUCUCGACGAAAUACCACAGGCGCUCUCUUUCCUCCUAAAAGCCCUUCGCGAAGUCAGCACACUUCAGACGAUCGAUUUAAGUGAUAACGCUUUUGGAUUGAACACUCAAGCGCCACUCGUCGAAUUUUUGAAGGCGCACACCCCACUACGUCAUUUAAUCUUGAAUAAUAACGGCCUGGGCCCAAAGGCUGGGAACCUUAUUGCUGAUGCGCUAAAAGAAUUGCAUACGAGAAAGGAGGAAGCUCGGUCAGCGAACCCCAAGGUGGAGGUGCCAUACCUAGAGACGAUAGUAUGUGGCCGGAACCGACUUGAGAGCGGAAGUAUGGCUUCGUGGGCGAAGAUGGUAAAGAGCCAUGGCAAGGGGCUUCGCACGAUACGGAUGACGCAGAAUGGUAUUCGUCAGGAUGGAAUAGUUCUUUUGCUCGACACGGGUCUGCAGCACGCUCCUGAGCUUGAAGUGUUGGACUUGCAGGAUAACACCUUCACCAUGGCUGGUUCGCGAGUCCUGGCGCGCGUUGUUACCGGGUGGCCCAAGGUCCGUGAGAUUAGUUUAAGUGACUGCUACCUUAAAGGUAAAGGAGCCCUCUUAGUCGCGAAGACCCUGGCAAAGGGAGAGAACAAGCAGCUGGAGAUACUUCGUCUAGCCUACAACGACAUUACCGCUGAGGGAUUGAAGGAGUUUGUUCAGGCGGCAAAGAGCUCACUCCCUGCCUUGAAGCGUGUUGAAUUGAAUGGGAAUAAGUUAAGUGAGGAGGAUUCCAACCUUGUGGAUCUCCGUAGUCUUCUCGACGAGCGUAAGGAGAAAUUCGGCAAGGACGAAGACGAGGCUGCCUGGGGUUUGGACGAGCUUGAUGAACUAGAGAGCGAAGACGAAGAGGAGGAAGACGAAGAAGAGGAAGAAGAGCAAGAAGUGGAGGAGAAGGCCGAACGAGUUGUCCAAGAUGCCGAGCGUGCUGAGAACGAGAAGGUAGCCCAAGCCCCGGACAAGAAGGUCGAUGAGCUUGCCGACAAGCUCGCGGCUACAGGAUUAUAG